AUGCCGAGAACCCGAAAGCCGGAAGGAAAGGAGCAAUAUGCAAGACCCAAGGAGCCCUAUGCAAAACCAAAGGAGUCCUCAGCGAAAAAAAGCAAUAAAGGCUCUUCCUCAGAACCUCCGGUGCCGCGCAGUGCCGGUGUUGAAAAGCAGUGAGUUGGUUGAUAGCGCUACAGCAUAACUAUAAGAAAUUCAGGGGUUUCUUAUCCUUUCGAAAGCUCCUCAUUCUAAGAAGUGAGAUUUCACUGACACGCCCUGAGAAGAUUCAGAAUUCUCUUUAGGAACUUGGUUGUGUCCAAGCUCUUGAUGGGGCAACCGCAAUACUUCUGCGUCAAGGUUAUUCUGCUCCGUUUGGACGACCUGGAUCCCCUCGCGCCGACAUUUCAGAGCGAGCUCGAGUCUAUGCGAGACGUCUUUGAGAAUCUGUAUCAUUUCGAAGUCUUGGAGCCGGGGUGGAAGAUUCCUCUUGUGGAUAGCCAUGCGGCGGUCUUGCAGAAAGUGCAGCAACUGAUUGGCUCUGAUGAACCUACGACUCUGAAUAUUGUCUAUUACAAGGGACAUGGAGCCCGGGAGGUCGGCGCACUGCAUUGGAAAAGGUAAUGGGAAAUCAAGCUAGCGAAUGAUACCGAAAAAAGCUGACCUUGUACAUAAUCAGUGACAACCAAUUCGCAGAGUCUGUAUGCUGGGAUGGUGUUGGUGGCAUACAAGAGCUUCUAGAGAAAGCCCGCUCACCCGCAUUCAUAUUGCUGGACUGUUGCUUUGCGACGAGUGUCAACUCGGCUUAUAUCAAUCAGCAGGUUCAGGUUCCUGGAGCUGGUCCAACCUGGCAAAUGGCAGCUUGUAGCUACAACCACGUUUCCUACGCUGCUUCCAAUUCGUUCACCACAGCAUUAGUGCGAGAACUUCAAGCUUUAGCAAACCUUCCACAAGGGUUCGAUAUUCAACAGCUCCACUCACGAAUCGUAGCCAUAUUUUCCGUGUUUCCGCAGUAUGACAAGUACUCUCAAGCGCCGGUCCUAUCGCUACUCACAUACGAUAUGCCAGGACAGGACAGUGUAUGGCUCAAACCACUUCUCACCGAUCUGGCUUAUGUGGACCACAGUACUACAAUUGGGCAAAUAAUCAACAGGUCACGCCCAAACCUUCCACGCUUCGGCAAAUUCGGCAUGUGGGCAUACGUCCUUGACUCUGCUCGAACUCCUCAUGCAACAGUGGCGGUAUUCGACUUGGAAACAUCGUUCAACUACGUCUCUAGAAGCCGGGUAAAGCUCUUGAAAUUGAAGGAGGAGUUUAGCGGUGGGCCAACGUCCCGGAAAUGGACCAUUUUCAAAGGGAUGGCGGGUGAGACUAUGUCCACUCGUUUUGUUGUGCUACGGUUCCAGCUUGCUGAGCUUGAUGCUUCACGAUCCCGACCGGAAGAGCUGGAGAAAGAAUUCCGGGUCGUUCCAUCGGAUUAUGGUGGUCGAUCUUUUGAUUUUGCUUUGGGGAGAGAUUUCAUUGCGCAGCUCGACCUGAGCGAAGUUCUGGAUGAGGUGGAUGGUAUUCUUGCCAAUGUCCCUGCAAAUGAAGAGCUGUAG